GCCAGCGCUCGUCAGGGCCGAACAGACGAUGAGACGAUAAGAGGAGCUACUGAUAACAGAAACAAGAAUAUCUACUAACAACCGCCUCUGCUACACCUUCACGCAUCAGCAGCAAACAGGUCCGGGAAGAAGCGUCGAGGCCGAGCAGAUCGCGGUCGUCGGAGCAACUAAAACAAGACCAUCGCCGGUUUUUAGUGCGUCCGACGACCGCAUAAAUCGAGCCCCUCCUCCACCUCGGCUGCCUCUUCACCACCUCUGCUCACCAACACUUCUCACUCAUCGUUCAUCAACACAAUGGCAUCUUACGCAGGAAUCAAAGGCCGCGUCUACGUCGUCACCGGCGCCGCGUCCGGCAUCGGCCGCGCGACGGUCCUCAAACUGGCCCAGCUCGGUGCGAAGGGCGUCGCCAUCAGCGAUCUCAACGAGGCCGGUCUGGAGGAGACAAAGAAGCUGGCGGCAGAGUACGCCACGAAGAUCGUGAACACAAAGCUCGACGUCAGCAAGAUCUCCGAGAUCGAGGCGUGGAUCGAUGCGUCGGUCAAGGAGUUUGGCCAGUUGGACGGCGCUGCGAACGUUGCUGGUCUGGCUGGUGGUGACGGCAACACCACCGUUGCUACUCUGGACCAAUCGGUGUGGGACCGCACGCUCGGCGUCAACCUGACGGGCCUGAUGGCGUGCAUGCGCCGAGAACUCAAGUACCUUCCCCAGCCCGGCGGCGCUAUCGUGAACGUCGCGUCGACGGCCGGUCUGCGCGGUCUUCCUCUGUCUGCGGCCUACUCGACGUCCAAGUUCGGCGUGGUCGGUCUGACGCAGUCAGCGGCGGGUGAGUUUGGCGAGAAGGGCGUGCGCAUCAACGCGGUGUGCCCUGGGCCGAUCGAUACUGCGAUCUUCCGAGACGGCGAGAAGAAGGGACUGUUUGACGCGAAUAUCAUGAGCGCGGGCACGUACCUGAAGCGGAUGGGCAAGGCGAGUGAGAUUGCGAAUGUGAUUGUGUUUCUGCUGAGCGAAGAUUCGUCGUUUGUGUGCGGUUCUGCGUGGGCUGCGGAUGGCGGAUAUACUGCUCAUUAGAUGCUUAUUAGUCUGCUUCUGCUGUAUGUAGGUAGUCGUUAAACGAAGUUGCUUCGAACAGUUAUGAUAGUUGAUAGUUGUAGGGUUUGAUGAUUAUCAUUAAUCGUGCGGCUCUUCAGCGAACUAUGGAGAAGAGAGAAGAGAAGAGAAGAG